GCAGGUGUAUAUAUAUAUCGUGUAAGCCCGUCCUGGCACCACAUCCUCCUCCCUUUUCAUCCAUUAAAAACCAAACCCCCUCUCUUCAAUCUUCGACAAGCUCGUCCAAAUGAACAAAUUAAAAAAAAUCAAACACUUUCACUAGCUCUUUCUCCUCGAAACCCUAGCUAUUGUCUCUACUUUAUUAAUGGCUGCAGCAUUGGCUUCGACGCCCACGUCAUUCUCCCCCAUCCCUAGCUUCGUCUCCGAACGUUCUAGAUGCUUGCUCCUCUCCAGUUCCUCGUUUUUUGCUGGCGGUGCUCAAAUUUGGGGACAGAAUUGCUUCAUUUCGGUUUCGACUUCGUUUAAUUGUACUGAAUUUAAUAGGAGUAGGAUUUGUGUUAAGCGAGUCAGGACUGUUGUUUCGGCUUCAGCUGAUUAUUAUUCGACUCUCGGUGUUUCUAAGUCUGCGGAUAAUAAGGAAAUUAAAGCCGCGUAUCGGAAGUUGGCUCGGCAGUAUCAUCCCGACGUCAACAAGCAACCCGGAGCUACGGAAAAGUUUAAAGAGAUUAGUGCUGCCUAUGAGGUGUUAUCAGAUGACAAGAAGAGGGCUUUAUAUGAUCGGUAUGGUGAAGCCGGACUUAAGAGCGGUGUAGGGGCACAGGCUGGUGCAUACACGACCAAUCCUUUUGAUUUGUUUGAGACAUUUUUUGGCUCUAACAUGGGUGGUAUGGGUGGUGGCUUCCCUGGUAUGGAUUCUGCUGGGUUUGGAACGCGUGGUCGUACUACUGUUACUAAAGGCGAAGAUAUACGUUAUGACAUGACACUGGAAUUUGCAGCUGCUAUAUUCGGAGCAGAAAAAGAAUUUGAACUUUCACAUCUUGAAACAUGUGAAGUGUGUGCUGGUACUGGAGCUAAAACUGGCUCCAAAAUGAGGAUAUGCUCAACUUGUGGCGGCAGAGGUCAAGUUAUGCGAACUGAACAAACUCCUUUCGGCAUGUUUUCGCAGGUAUCUGUAUGUCCGAAAUGUGGUGGCAAUGGUGAAGUGAUUUCUGAGUAUUGUCGUAGUUGCUCUGGGGAGGGACGUAUACGUGUUAAGAAGGAUAUUAAAGUCAAAAUUCCUCCUGGAGUGGGCAAAGGUAGCAUUCUCAGAGUUGCCGGAGAAGGUGAUGCUGGACCAAAGGGGGGCCCUCCUGGAGAUCUUUUUGUCUACCUUGAUGUUAAAGAGAUACCAGAGAUCCAAAGAGAUGGUAUAGAUCUAUACUCAACAGUCUCAAUUAGUUAUCUCGAUGCAAUAUUGGGAACAGUUGCUAAAGUGAAGACAGUUGAGGGGACUACUGAACUCCAGAUCCCUCCUGGUACUCAACCUGGGGAUGUGCUUGUCCUGGCAAAGAAAGGUGCACCUAAGCUGAAUAGACCAUCAAUACGCGGUGACCACUCAUUUACUGUGAAAGUCAGUAUACCAAAACGCAUCAGCACUAAAGAGCGCGACCUACUUGAGGAACUUGCCUCACUUAAUGGAACCCCAACUAGCCGUACACAGAGUCGUUCUAAAGUUCAGCAAGCUGCUAGUGUUGCAGAAAGUCAAAAUGGCUCGAUAGUUGAAGAGAGUGAGGAAUCAGGUCAAGAUGAUGUAUGGAAUUCAUUAAAAGAUUUAGCUGGGACUGUAGCAAAUGGAGUUGUAAAGUGGUUUAAAGACAACCUGUAGCCCACAUUUUUGAUAGAACACAGAGAAAUUGUUGUUUGCCAUUCAGAGCAUGGGAUUUCCAACUCUGGAUGUUAGUCAGUUGGUUAUAAUAUUCAUAUGGGCCUUCAUAAACCUUUUUUCCGUAAAUAUUUUUUUAACUAAAACUGUAGAUUAAAUUAUAACAUACAUAAGCAUAUCAACCAUGAUAUUAUGGACACUUGAGAUUUGGCAGCAGGUAUUUAAAUUAUCAACUCUCGGAUAUAUGUAUACAAGUUCUGCAGUAGUUAUUUUUGCUUA